AUGAAGCACCAGCAGGUUGUAGUAGACUAUUGGACGAUGUUGAAAACAUCAUGUACCUGUUUGUUGUUGGCCAUAUCGGGCUAUGUGCUCCUCAAAAUGGUCCAAACAAUAUUUUAUCUGCCCGGCUAUUUGAAAAACAAUCAAAAACGAUUGGAAGAAUUGGCAGCCAAAUAUAAUUUGGAUUUAGAAAAAGAAAUAGCCGAUGCAGAAAUGGACAAUGAUGUACAGUUAGAGGAGAAUGGAAGUAAUGAUGAAACCAAAAAGGCUAAACAAAGUGUAGCUAAAACUGCUAAUAAUGUUCGCGAUAAUGAUGAUGAUGACUUAGUGAAGGAGCCUAAAAAAGUCAAAUAG